GUCCCUCGCUCUAGUGAACCAUAAUAAACACCAGACACACGGCGCAUGACUUAUACUGGAUAUUUCUGCUAUUUCAUUGUCUACUUUUAAGAUCUCACCAUGGGGAAGAGCCAGUCGCUCUUGGGUAAGCGCAAAGACGACAGCCAAGAUGUGCUGACGGGCUCUGAGGUGGAGAAGGAGGAGAAAAGUGAGGACGUGUCACAGUUCCCCUACGUGGAGUUCACCGGGAGGGACAGCGUGACCUGUCCGACCUGCCAGGGAACCGGCCGGAUACCCAGAGGUCAAGAGAACCAGCUGGUGGCUCUGAUCCCCUACAGUGACCAGCGUCUCAGACCCAGCCGCACAAAACUGUACGUGACAUUAUCUGUGGCCCUGUGCUUGCUGCUCUCGGGUCUAGCCGUCUUCUUCCUCUUCCCUCGGCCCAUCGAUGUGUCCUACGUAGGGAUCAAGUCUGCAUAUGUGUCCUACGACCAGGACAAGCGCAUCGUCUAUCUCAACAUCACGAGCACUCUGAACAUCACCAAUAACAACUACUACGCCAUUUACAUGACCAACAUCACAGCUCAAGUGCAGUUCUCCAAAACGGUGAUCGGGAAGGCCAAGAUCAACAACAGCACACUCAUUAUACCUCUGGACGAGCGACAGGUUGACUACACCGUUCCCACCAUCAUAGCGGAUGACAUGAGCUAUAUGUUUGACUAUUGCACCUUACCCACCAUCAGAGUGCAUAACAUAGGAGUCAUGAUGCAAGUUACCGUGACGACGUCGUACUUUGGCCACGCCGAGCAGGUUUCCCAGGAGACCUACCAGUACGUGGACUGUGGAGGCAACACCACCACGCUGCACUCCGCACACGCACGCAUCUACAAAGAAUGAAAACGUUAAGAACCAGGGCUGAAUUUCACUGGAGCGCUCCCCCUGCAGGCCUCAAUGUUCUCUGCAACGCAAGUAACCAGAUAAUGGGGAGUAUGUGUGAGUGGUGAACCUGACAUUCCCGCACAGCCUCUAAAAUGAACGGGUGAAAAUGAACUACAACGAGGCCUGAGCGAUUUCAAAAUGUCCGAAAUGCCACAAAUUUCUUUGUAAUAUUGCAAUUCUGAAGAAGAGUGUCAUGUGUUUCAGAACAUGUCGAGAGUGAGGACAGACCGAUACUGAUACAUUUUCAAAAGUCAAGAUUCAGAUUCGUUCAAAUUGGCGGGAAUUCUGAAUUGCUAAGCUAACACAAGAAUCACAUACAUUUCAGAACGUGUAGAGAACUACUUUCUAUGAGAUAAGACACAAAGACAUAACAUUUCUUGAAUAAUGCUUUGUCUUUAUAAUUCGCUUAUUUGGAUUGUUCAUAUUGUGAUUGUAAUAUCAAUUUGAUGUGUAUUCAGAUUUGAUGAUUGCGUGAAAGGCAGAUAUUGUAUUGAAAAGUCAAAUUUUAUUAGAAUUUUAGCCACUGCCUCAAUAACAGUUUAUUCAGACAUGGGCAACAAAAACAUGCCAUACAAUUUUCUCUUUUGUGUCAGGUAAGUGAAUCGCUCACUCCAAAAUCAUGAAAGCAUCAAACAUGGAAGACAUUGUUUUCCAAAAAUGCGACCCGUGUAAGAGAAACUGUGGCCUAUAUCGCUAUAGUCUUUAAAAUGUAUAUGGCGGGUUACAACAUAGUGAGAUUUUACUGUUUAAACUGUCAGAAAAAUGCCUUCCUUGUGCAUAAAUUGUCUCAGCAUUUGGAUAGAAUUUUCAGUGUUGAUGGCAUCGGUAGUUAUUCAAUUUUAGGACUCAGAUUGUAGAAAAAAGUACAAAAAUACAUGAGGCAAUGCUUCCACUUACCUGAUGUAAAACUGAUAAAUAUUGACCACAGAUACUGUCACAUCAAACCAAGUCAGAAUUAGAAAAACCCCUCAUUGGCUCUUUAAGAUGUGAGCUGCUAGAGCUGUUAUUUUACAGUGACCACUAAGCAGUAUUGGACCACUUUAACAUUUAGCUAUUCCCUUUAGGCAAUAUCUGAAAAUGUUUUAAUGUAGAAGCAGUACUUAAAGCUGCACUAUGUAACGUUUCUGAUGGAGGUUGGGCACCUGGAUUGCCUCAGCAGAAAUUCUGAAAUGUGCUGCAGGACAUUAAACUCAUCUGUCUUUUAUAUUCUUACUGACCUGUCCUAAUGGCGUCAGAUACUUUUCUCUACUCAAAAUGCUCUGUUCCACCUUGUGAUGUCAUCUAGUAGUAGUUUUCAUGGUAACAGCUCCUUUUGUCUUUAGUUCAGUCAAGAUUGGCAAUUCCAAUUCUAAUUCAUGCAGUGCAAAACCAAGAGUUACUCAAGACCAUGUCUGAAGCCCAAUAACAAUACAAGUACCUCAUAGAAAUUGUUAUUUAAUGCCAUACUGUGGAAUAUCCCAAAUAAAGCAAUAACAUCUCCAUGGAGAAAAACAAGUGUCAGACCAUCCACUAGAAAAUUUACAGAGUGGACCUUUUAACAGUUAACUGGGCUGUAAAUAUUAAUAUUGUGCAAUAAAUUCUGUUAAUUUGCUUUGUAUUUCACAAUGGUCUAAGAAUAGUAUCAUGGCAAUUUAGAUUUUUAUGUGAAAAAGGGAAUGUCAAGCAAACAAUGAAUUUUGUGUAUAUGGAGAUGGAAAUUUGUGUAUAUGGAAAUGAAUUUAUGUUUUUGUAUCUUUAGCUUUUAAUUUCAAUUUUUUUUAUGUUUUUGCUUGUGAUUCUUGACUCAAAGUAGGGCCGGGCAAUGAAUGGAGAGAGUGUGAUUCUGACAUGUCUAAUCGUCAGUGAUAUAGUUGGGUUUUUGAAUCGAGACGUCCAUGGCCAGUCCUCUGUGGGUAAAAACAUGUGGUUUGGAACAGACGCAAGAGUUUAGAGGAAGGAAGGUGAUUUUGGUUUGUAUUAAAAGGCACAGAAUUAAUGUCUGCAUUGUUUAUAAUCAAGAAAUCAAUACUGAGAACCAUUUUUCUAAAUUAAAAUUUUGAGAGCUUUAACGUUUUGUUUCCUCAUCACAAACAGACCUGGAGUUAUGUUGUGCUUCAUUGACACAUGUUUAACACAUGAAUCCUGUAUAUUUAGGCUGACAGAAAACACUCUGUUCCACCUUGUGAUGUCAUGUGGUAAUACAGGAAGUGCUCCACUGUGUUUUUAAACUCCAUUCAUUUUCACUAGAAUCUUUUGCCCAAUCUACUGAAUUAAAAGCGAAAUGAGCUGCUAACUUGAUCUACCACUACAUGACAUCACAAGGUGGAACAGUGGAUUUUUGAGCUUUAGAGAUGUAGACAGACUAAAAAUGCAGAAUGCAGAAAACAUGUUUUGGAUGAGGUAACAGCAUUUUAAUACAGCUUAAAGCUCACAACUGAUUGAUUCAUUUUUCCCCAUAUCGCCACAGCCCUAAACGUUUUCAAAUUAUUGAAAUUUCAAAACCCUCACAAAAUUUGGCAUUUUUGUUUGUGCAACAUGUUGUUUUAUAUGUUUUUAUUGACUAUUACCUGGUUGUAAUCACUUUUUUCUGACUAAUUUAAUUUCUUUGUGUGUUACAUUGCCAUCUCUGCACUCUAGGUGGUGCUAUGGGAUAACUGCUCUGACUUUUACUACGUCUUUGGAAUGGAAACCUUAACAAAAUAAAUGUGAGUUUUCAAGAUUAUGAUGAAAUAAACACUUCAUA